AUGGAUAUCAAAAGGUUAACAAAACCAGUUGUAUUCAUUGAUAACAAUCAGUUCAAUUUUGAUUUAUAUAAUCAAUCUGAUCCAUCUGAAAAAGAUUCUCAAGUUAAUUUAAGAAAAAAUAGAACAUAUCGACGCCCAGAUUAUACACCAAAAUUUCAAAAGAUUAUCAAUGCUCGUCAUCAACAAAAGAAAUCAAAAUUAAAAGAACAAAAAGAGAAUUGUAAACAUCGUCAAGAAUUACAAAAUAAAAUGGCUAAAAAUAGACGAGUUUUUAAUUUUAAUUAUAGAUUAAAAGAAGAUUCAGCUAUUUUUACUGAAGUUCUUUAUGAAGAGUUAAAUUUAGAUUGUUUAAAUAAAAUAGUUGACAAUUUUAGUACAUUUAACGAACAAAGAGUGAUAAUUAAAUCAUUGUUAGAUUCAUUUAUUUUUGAUUAUGUGAAUGAUUAUUCAAAGGGGUAUGAAGAUGUAAUGGAACAAUUAAGGGGUAAAAUUCAGAAGAUAGUGUGUAAACAAGUUCCUGAUUUUAUAUUUUAUGUAACAACAAUCAUACGAGUUAUAAUAAGAAAUUCGAUGUAUAACAUGUUACAAACUUAUGAGAAACAAAUAAUUUCACCUGAUCAAAUGAUGAUAGUUAAAGAAUUACUUAACACAGAUAUAUGGAAGCAUAUAUCUUACCAUACAAUGUGUAAAUAUUAUGCAAAUGAAGUUACAUUAAAAAUGAUUAGAGAUGAAUUGAAAAAGGAAAUACAUGCUAAAUUAUUGGUUCUUGAUGUAGAAUUACAUCAUAAUCUGAAUUAG